CAUUCGGUUGUACAACAUAAUGAAGUCGGGUUUUUUAAUGAUUUUUCUGUCACUGUGGAUUUUGGAGGGGCUAUCACUAACAGGAGCAGGCCCAGUUCAAAAUGUUCAUCUGGAGCCAUCAAAUUCGAGUAUUAAAAAUCCCUGCUUUGAAUAUUCGAGUGUCAAGCCUCUUCUCGACCGUCUUUUGCAGCUGAAUAUGGAAGUGAUUGGCAAAUCAAAUACCUUGGCAGAAUCGUUAAAAGCUCUGCAAAGUAUGUUGUCCAUUGCUGAGACUGAAAAAAAAAUCAAAGAAGUGCCUGCAAAUAAAAAGGGUGAAGAAAUCAAGACCACUGAUGAUCUCAUAAGGGAAAUAGUUGAACAAGCGAAAGAGCCAAAUACAAAUUUCGAAAAUGAAAGCUCCAAUGAACCAAAUUCAACACCUCUUGAUCUUGAGAUUCAGACCGAAUCAGUUGAGCUCUCGGAAUCCAAUGUUAUUUUGCCCAGUUCGUGUAGAAGAGACCUAGCAAACGACACUUAUCAAAUAGAGCUGCGCGGAAUGAAACCAUUUUAUGUGUUUUGUGGGUCGGCAGAGGGUAAUGAUAGUGGUUGGAUGGUAAUCCAGAGACGAUUCGAUGGAUCCGAGAACUUCCAUCGCUAUUGGGAGGAAUAUGUGGAUGGAUUUGGUGACAUCAAGGGGGAAUUUUUCAUCGGGCUGGAGAAACUGCACAUCAUGACAACGGAUAAACAACACGAGCUCCACAUUAAGCUUGGGAUGUUUAAUGGAAGCACCGCUUACGCUCACUACGAUCAUUUCGUAAUUGGCAGUAAGGAUGAUUUUUAUAGGCUGGAAAAUAUUGGGCAGUAUAAUGGCACUGCCGGAGAUUCCCUAGAACAACAUUUGAGCAGAAAGUUCAGUACUCAUGACUAUAACAAUGACAGUUUGGGAAAUAGAUGCCCAGCAGACGAAAGUGGUGGUUGGUGGUACUUUGGGUGUGGACAAAGUCAGCUUAAUGGAAAAUUCUAUAAAGACGGCCAAAGUAAGAAGAGCAAUGGAAUACUUUGGGGUACUUUUCAGGACUAUAAAUGGAGAACUUCACUCACAACCGUUGAAAUGUUGAUAAGACCUAUAUCAUCAUAAAAAGUUACGUUUUUGUAAUAUUAUAAACAAAAUUAGAUACUUUUCAUUACUAUCUUAUUAUGUGACUUUUCAUGGUAAUAAAGUUUUUAACUUAUUUAGCGAAAGAGCCCAAUUUCAUCAUUUUAAAUCUGUUCGUUAAAAGAAGGAAAUUGUUAUUUCAGAAUAACAAAGCGGUUUUCAGUGUCGCUUUCUAGAAAUAUGAAUUCAGAACUUAUACGAUAAAUUUAAUUAGCACUAAAUUAUACGAAAAUAUCAUUUAAUUUUACAUACCUUU